AGACAGCAGCACAAGUUCCUGGCUGGACAGUGCUUGCUGAAAACAGCAGAGUUUCCUCAUAAGGCCUGACUCUCCAGGAACUGGCUGGAGAUGUGGAAGAAGGCAGCUGGGCCCCCAGGCAAGGGUGAGGUGUGAGUGGGGACCCCAGGGAGGAGGCAGAAUGCAUAAAGCGAGUGUGGCAUAUAUGCACCAAGGAACAUCAUUCAGCUGUAACAAGAAUGAAAUUCUAUCUGUGCAGCACGCUGGGCCCCACCUCCUGACUGCACAUCUUAACUAUGAGCUCAUCAGUGGAUAGCACUCCACGGUCCAAGCACCUUGCAAAGGCCCCAUCUCUGGGGCCCCACCCCGACCUCUCUCCCCCAGGGGCCGCCGCCUCGCCUGAGCCGCAGGAAGGAGGUGCAGGAGAAGAGUCGCUGGGGAUGUUCCCGCUGCUCACAGCCUUGCUGCUGUCCCGGGUGGGACCUGGGAAGCCCGCACCGUUGUCGGAAGGCGCAGUGGAAGCCAUGCUAGGUUCCUGCGGCCAUCGGACAGUCCCCGCGCGCGUGGUGGGUGGAGAAGAUGCGGAACUGGGGCGCUGGCCGUGGCAAGCGAGCCUCCGACAGUGGGGCAGCCACAUCUGCGGGGCAAGCCUGCUGAGCCGCCGCUGGGUGCUCACCGCUGCCCACUGCUUUAAAAGUGUCCCUUAUCCCUAUGAGUGGACGGUCCAGUUUGGUGAGCUGACUGCAGAGCCAUCUCUAUGGAACAUGCAUGCCUACUAUAAUCGCUACCGAGUGGACAAGAUCUUUCUGAGCCCCAAGUACCUUGGGGAAGUUCCUUAUGACAUCGCCCUGCUGAGGCUGUCCUCCCCUGUCACUUACACCAAGUACAUCCAGCCUGUCUGCAUCCCAGCCUCCAUAUCCAAGUUUGAGAAUCGGACUGACUGCUGGGUGACUGGCUGGGGGGACGUCGCAGAAGAUAAGAGUCUGCCGAAUCCCUAUACCCUCCAGGAAGUACAGGUCAGCAUCAUCAACAGGUCCACGUGUAAUGACCUGUUCCAAAAACCAGACUUCCGUACGGACAUCUGGGGAGACAUGGUGUGUGCUGGUGAUGUCACAGGUGGCAAGGAUGCCUGUCUUGGUGACUCAGGAGGACCCUUGGUCUGCGACCUGGACGGGCUGUGGUAUCAGAUUGGAAUCGUGAGCUGGGGAGUGGGCUGCGGUCGCCCCAAUCGGCCCGGAGUCUACACCAACAUCAGCCAGCACAUCCACUGGAUCCUGAAGACAGUAGCCAGCGGUGGCUCCCCGAGGCUAGACCUCCCCCGACUGCUGCUGCUCCUCACUGUGCCCUGGGCUCCCCGGUUGGUGGGCCUCAUCUGAGCCCACCUGACUCAUUUGCUGAGUCAGGCUCUGGUCCUCUUUCCUCCUGUUGGUAAUAAACACGUUGGAGUUGA